AUGGGCUGCCUGGGUGGCGGGACAUGGCUGGUGCUGAGGCUGAGGCUGGGCGUUCUCAUGGUCGCCUUGACUAGCGCGCUCAGGACGGUGGCCCUGGUUUCCCUGGAGAGGUUCAAGGUCGCCUGGAGACCUUACCUGGCGUACUUGGCGGCCGUGUUGGGGUUGCUGCUGGCCAGGUACGCCGAGCAGAUCCUGCCGCAGUGCUCCGGGCCGGCUCCGCCCAGGGAGCGGUUUAGGUCCCAGCUGAGCGCGAGGACCAAGGAAGAGAUUCCGGGGUGGAAGAGGAGGAGGCGGUCCAGCUCAGUCGUGGCCGGCGAGAUGUCUGGCUGCAGCGGCAAGUCGCACCGGAGGACCUCCCUGCCCUGCAUACCCAGGGAGCAGCUUCUGGGUCAUUCAGAAUGGGACCACAAAAGAGGGCCACGAGGAUCCCAGUCAGGAACCAGCAUCACUGUGGAUAUUGCCGUGAUGGGCGAGGCCCAUGGCCUCAUUACCGACCUCCUUGCAGACCCUUCUCUGCCUCCAAACGUGUGCACAUCCUUGAGGGCCGUGAGCAACCUGCUUAGCACCCAGCUCACCUUCCAGGCCAUCCACAAGCCCAGAGUGAACCCCGCUGUGACCUUCAGUGAGAACUAUACCUGCUCUGAUUCGGAGGAGGGCUUGGAGAAAGACAAACUGGCCAUUCCCAAGCGCCUGAGAAGAAGUUUGCCCCCAGGCUUGCUGAGAAGAGUCUCCUCGACUUGGACGACCACCACCUCUGCCACAGGUCUGCCCACCUUGGAGCCUGCACCAGUACGGAGAGACCGCAGUGCCAGCAUAAAGCCACACGAAGCACCUUCACCCAGUGCUCUCAAUCCCGACUCUUGGACUACGCCAGGAUCGAUGACUCUUACCAAGAGCAGAUCCUUCACUUCAUCUUACACCAUCUCUGCAGCUAACCAUGUAAAAGCUAAAAAGCAAAACAGGCCAGGUGGCCUUGCUAAGAUUUCACCUGUACCCUCGCCCUCCUCCUCACCUCCACAAGGCUCGCCUGCCAGUAGUCCUGUUGGCAACAUUACUUCAGCACAGUUUCCAGAAUCCCCUGAAAUAACUGCCAAGCGAGGCCCUGGAUCUCACAGGGCCUUAACUUACACCCAAAGUGCCCCUGACCUGUCCCCUCAGAUCCUGCCUCCACCUGUCAUAUGUAGCAGCUGUGGCAGACCUUAUUCAAAAGGGAAUCCUCCUGAUGGACCCUCAGAGAGAAGUGGCCCAGCCACUCAGAAACCAAACAGAACAGAUGACACGUCCCAAGUUACCUCUGAUUAUGAGACCAACAACAACAGUGACAGCAGUGACAUUUUGCAGAAUGAAGAGGAGGCCGAGUGCCAGAGAGAGCUACUGAGGAAAGCGUCGGCUUGUGGCACCUAUGCUUCCCAGACCAUGAUCUUCCUGGACAAACCGAUUCUUGCUCCUGAACCCCUAGUCAUGGAUAACCUGGACUCAAUUAUGGAUCAGUUAAACACCUGGAAUUUUCCAAUUUUUGACUUAGUGGAAAAUAUAGGAAAAACAUGUGGCCGUAUUCUGAGUCAGGUAUCAUACAGACUGUUUGAAGACAUGGGCCUCUUUGAAGCCUUUAAAAUCCCGGUUAGGGAAUUUAUGAAUUACUUUCAUGCUUUGGAGAUCGGAUACAGGGACAUUCCUUAUCAUAACCGAAUCCACGCCACUGAUGUUUUACAUGCCGUGUGGUAUCUCACAACGCAGCCAAUUCCUGGCCUCCCAAGUGUGGUUAGUGAUCAUGGAUCAGCAAGCGACUCGGACUCUGACAGUGGAUUUACCCAUGGACACAUGGGAUACGUGUUUUCAAAAACGUAUCAUGUGCCAGAUGACAAAUACGGAUGUCUGUCUGGAAAUAUCCCGGCCUUGGAGUUGAUGGCCUUGUAUGUCGCAGCGGCCAUGCAUGACUACGAUCACCCGGGGAGGACGAAUGCUUUCCUGGUCGCCACUAGUGCUCCUCAGGCGGUGCUGUACAAUGACCGUUCAGUUCUGGAGAAUCACCACGCAGCUGCAGCGUGGAAUCUCUUCAUGUCCCGGCCAGAGUAUAACUUCUUAGGUAACCUGGACCAUGUGGAAUUUAAGCAUUUCCGGUUCCUAGUCAUUGAAGCCAUCUUGGCUACUGACCUGAAGAAACACUUUGACUUUGUAGCGAAAUUUAAUGCCAAGGUGAACGAUGAAGUUGGGAUAGAUUGGACCAAUGAAAACGACCGUCUCCUGGUGUGUCAAAUGUGUAUAAAGUUGGCUGACAUUAACGGGCCUGCUAAAUGUAAAGAACUCCACCUCAAGUGGACAGAGGGCAUCGCCAGUGAGUUUUAUGAGCAGGGCGAUGAAGAAGCUAGCCUCGGUUUGCCCAUCAGCCCCUUUAUGGACCGCUCUGCCCCACAGUUGGCCAACCUUCAAGAAUCCUUUAUCUCACACAUUGUGGGUCCUCUAUGCCACUCCUAUGACUCUGCGGGUCUCAUGCCAGGGAAAUGGGUGGAUGACAGCGAUGAUUCAGGAGACACUGAUGACCCAGAAGAAGAGGAGGAAGAAGCUGAAACACCAAAUGAGGAAGAAACGUGUGAAAAUAAUACAGCUCCCAGAAAGAAAACUUUCAAAAGGAGGAAAAUCUACUGCCAAAUAACACAGCACCUCCUGCAGAACCACACCAUGUGGAAGAAAGUGAUUGAAGAAGAACAGAGCUUAGCAGGCAUAGAGAACCAGUCCCUGGACCAGGCUCCUGCACAGCACUCCUCAGAGCAGAUCCAGGCUAUCAAAGAGGAAGAGGAAGAGAAGGGGAAGCCAAGAGCAGAGGAGACCCCGGCUCCACAGCCAGACCUGUGACCAUGGGUAGAGCGAGCUGUGUUUGCAGACAGAAUGACUUGUCCCAGAUACUUUCCAAGCCAGCACAACACUUAGACACAACACUGUAGAACACCAGAAGACGGGCAAAUGGCUAAAGCAUUUGGGGAAUUCUUCACAUUUUGUGUGUUUACUUUUACA